UUUGAAGACGUAAACCAACUAUCCGACUUGUGCCCGAUAACGAUCGAAAACACCAAGAGGUAUAAAUGUGGAAACACGAUUCGUAUGCCAGCACUCGUCAAUCGCUCCUGCCAGCCAAGAUGAAGUUCGUCAUUCUAGCCACUCUCCUCGCCUGCGCCUGGGCUGCCCCUCAGCGCAUGGUUAUGCCCCGUCUGCCGGCCUCGGUCAUCAUGAAGGGCAAAUACCAGCUGAUCCCAUCCAACAAGAUCGUCGGUGGAGUUGAGGUUGUCCCCAACUCUCUGCCCUUCCAGGUCUCACUCCAGCGUAGGAGUCUUGCUGGUACCUACUCGCAGUCGUGCGGUGGAUCCAUCCUUGACGAGCUUACCAUCCUUGAUGCCGCUCACUGCAUUGCUGGAGCCAACAUCGACAACUUGCGUAUCGUCGCCGGUGAACACAGCCUGUCCGUUGAUAGCGGUCUUGAGCAGAACCGCCUGAUUUCUCGCACUGCCACCCACCCCCGUUACAACAGCGCCACAUACGAGGAUGACAUCUCCCUCCUUUUCUUGGAUGCCCCAUUGGACCUGAGCGUUCCAUCUGCCAAGGCCAUUGCCCUGCCACCACCUACCAGCGAAUUGGAUCCUCCCGCAGGACUCAUCAUCACCGUUUCCGGAUGGGGAACCACUAGCUCUGGUGGAAGCAUCUCUGACGUCCUUCGCGCUGUUGAUAUCCCCGUCGUCUCCGAUGCUGACUGCGACGCUGCUUACGGAGGCACUGCCAGCGCCCCAGCCGUCUUCCCAUCCAUGAUGUGCGCUGGUGACACCACCAACGGUGGCAUCGACUCUUGCCAAGGUGACUCUGGCGGCCCACUCUUCACUGGCACUGGUGCCGACGCCGUCCAGCACGGUAUCGUUUCAUGGGGCCAGGGCUGCGCUUUUGCCCGAUUCCCAGGUGUUUACACCCAGGUUUCUUACUUCCUUGACUGGAUCGCUGCUGCCCGAGGUUAAAGAAAACGACUUCUGUGUUUUACCAUCUUUACAUCAGAACACUGUCGUCUCUCCAUAAUUCUAUUCGUUGGAAAGUUCCCUUGGUCGGACGAAAUAAACAUGCAAACAUCAUGUUCUUAAAUGUGUCUAAGUUUGUCAACAGCUGUCUUGCAUAAUUAAACGUGAAAAAAAUAAAUAAUAAGCCUAGUA